AUGCUCCUCUUCGUCGUUUUCGCCAGCUUAUUUUAUAGCAGCUGCUGUUCGACUCCUUUGGUCAUCAGCACAUGGUCCACUAAAGAUUUUCAACAGGCGAAUCAAAAAGCUGUGAACGCAUUAUACGGUGGUCGACUAUACGCACUCGUUGAGGGGCUAUCAGAAUGUGAGCGCCUUAAAUGCGACACAACUGUUGGUUACGGUGGUUCUCCAGAUGAGACUGGUGAAACGACACUGGACGCCCUAGUUAUGGAUGGGCAUGGUAUGCGUAUUGGAUCGGUGGCCAAUUUACAUCGUAUCAAAGAUGCUGCUCGGGUUGCGUGGGCAGUAAUGAACUACACGAAGCACUCGAUGCUGGUUGGAGAGGCAGGU